AUGUCUGCCGCUGAAGUCACCAAGCCCGUCGAGGAGACUGUUGCUCCCGUCGCCGAGACCUCCGUCGCUGAGCCUGCUCCUGCUAUUACCGAGCCUGUUGCUGAAGUUCCCGCUGAGGCCGCUCCCGCCACCGAGGCCACUGAGGCUCCUGCUGCUGAGACCACUGAAGCUGCUGCUGUCGAGGCUCCCAAGGAGGAGGCCAAGGAAGAAGUCACUCCCGCUACCGAUGGUACUCUUGGCUACAAGGGACCUGGUCUCGUCAAGAGCUUCCGCUUCACCAAGCGCUUCUUCUACUUCUCCGAGGAUGCUGUCGAGGCCAAGCACUUGACCUCUUACCUCGCCUCUGAGAAGGGCUCUGCUGCUGCUCAGCGCACCGCUGCCUGGGCCACCCAGACUGGCAAGGGUCUCCUUUUCUUGACCAAGCGUGCCGAGGACAAGGCCACUCCUGCUGGAAUCUUCAACUUGUCUGAGGUCAGCGACAUCGCCAAGGAAGGAUCCACCGAAUUCUCUUUCAAAACCCACGGACACAAGCAUGUCUUCCAGGCUACCUCUACCGCUGAGCGUGACGGUUGGGUUUCUGCCUUGAACACCAAGUCCGCCGAGGCUGAGGCUGACAAGGAGACCGUCACCGGUAGCGAGGGCUACAAGGCUGAGCUUGAGAAGAUCACCAAGCCUGCCGUUGUUGCUGCUGCCGUCAAGGCUACCCCGGCUCCUGAGAAGGACGCUAAGGAAACCGAGGCCGCUACUGCUGAGGAUAAGAAGGAGGAGAAGAAGGAGGACAAGAAGAGCCGCUCCCAGUCUCGCAAGCGUGCCUCCAUCUUCGGAAGCAUCUUGGGCAAGAAGGAGAAGGAAGAGGUCAAAGAAGAGGCUCCCGCCACCACCGAGGCUGCCCCUGCUGAGGAGACGGCUGUUGCUGAGACUGCUGCUCCUGCUGAGACCACUGAGGCUCCCGCCGCUGAGGCCACUACUGAAGAGACUGCUCCCGUUGAGGCUGCUGCUGCUACCGAGACCCCUGCUGAGGAGGAGAAGGAGGAGGCCAAGCCUGCUGCUAAGACCAAGCGUGCUUCCAUCUUCGGAGACUUCUUCAAGAAGGUCGCUAGCCCCAGCAAGGAGAAGACCGAGGAGGAGGUCGCCCCUGUUGCAAGCACUGCUCCUCAGCUCGAGAACCCUGUUGACGAGACCGCCGUUAAGCCCAUUGAGCCUGAGAGCGUGACCGAAGCUCCCGCUGUUGAAGCUGCUGCUGCUGCUGCUUCUUCCUCUGAGACCCCCGCUGCUGAGGCCGCCACCGAGGAGAAGAAGGAAGCCACCACUCCCGAGAAGCGUCGUACCUCUUUGUUCGGUACCUUGGGCAAGAAGGCCAAGACCGAGUCCACCUCUGACGGUGAGGGAAAGAAGACCAACAAGCUUGGUGGUCUCUUCCGCAAGCCCAGCAAGGCCGUGAAGUCCGAGGACGACAAGAAGAAGGAGGCUGCUCCCGCUGAGACCAUCCCCGAGGGUGAAGACAAGCCUGAGCCCAUCGCCAAGGACGCCCCUGCUGAGGAGGCUGCUGCUCCCGCUCCCAUCGAGAAGGCUGACGAGACCGUCGUCGCCGCUGAGCCCGUCAGCGUCGCCCCCACUGCGGCCCCUGUCCAGGCUGCUGCUUGA